AUGGCUGACUACGAUAACGACAACGGCCGUUACGCCGACGAGCCCCGGUACGACCGUGACCGUAGCGCCUCACCUCGCGAUGAGCCUCGCAGCGACCGCGACCGCGCCCGCAGCCGCUCCCCCAACGGACGUCCUGAUGAGCGUGAGCGUGAGCGUCCCCUCCCCAAGCGCAACCCUCUGGUGCAGGAGGAGAUGGAGGAGGAAGGAGCUCAGAACACCGGCUCCAACCUCUUCGUCACUGGCAUUCACCCCCGUCUCACCGAAUCCGAUAUCUCGCGUCUCUUCGAGAAGUACGGUGAUGUCGAUAACUGCUCUAUCAUGCUUGACCCCCACACCAAGGAGUCUCGUGGCUUCGGCUUUGUCAACAUGAGCACUGGCGAGCAGGCUGAUGCCGCCAAGGAAGGUCUCCAGGGUGAAGUCAUCGAGGGCCGUACCUUGAGCAUUGAGAAGGCUCGCCGUAGCCGUCCCCGUACUCCCACCCCUGGCAAAUACUUCGGUCCUCCCAAGCGUGAUGGUGCCGGUGGUCCUGGUGGCCCUGGUGGUGGUGGUGGCCGUGGCCCCCCUCGCCGUGGUGAUCGCUACGAUGACCGCCGUGGUCCUGGUGGUGGUGGUAACUGGCGUCGCCGUGAUGACGACUACUAUCGCUAUGGCCGUUACGAUUCCUACAACGAGCGCCGUGACUAUGGCCGCGAAUACGGCCGCGGUGGUGGCAGUGGAGGUGGUGGUGGUGGUGGUGGCAGUGGCAGCAGCGAAUACCGUUCUCGCGACUAUGGUGACCGUGACUACCGCCGUGGUUCCCGCGACGACUAUGGAUACCGUGGAGGUGGCGGUGCUGGUGGCCCCGACCGUUACAACGACCGUUACGGACGCGAUGAUCGCCGUGAAGACCGCCGUGGAGGUGGUGGUGGCAGUGGCAGUGGUGGUGCCGAUGAGCCUCGCGCUGGUGGUGGUGGUGGUAGUGGUGGUGCUGCUGGCAACGGCGGUGCCUACUACGACCGUGAUGCCAACCCUCCUAGCUACGAUGCUGCUCCUCCUCGUGAGCCUCGUGAGCCCCGUGAGCCCUACUCUGGUGGUGCUAGUGGAGGUCGCUCUUACGAGGGCCGUGGCGGUGAGGAGCGCUAUGGCAGUAGGUAA